AGUCGAUGUUUUAACAGCUGUUGCGUUAAAUAUAUAAAAAACCGAUUUCCAACACUAAUCGGAAAAGAUACAAAACGCAACCCUGAAAGCGUCAGUUGAAUUUAACGCUUUUGCUGUACUGUUGUAUAUUGAGUAUUACUGUUUAACUUUGCCAAAAAAAAAAUGGACGAAUCGCCGAACGAAGCCCAGACCCAGCACCCGCUUCACAUGGAGCUGAUCAACUACGCAGUAGAAUCAUGCAGAUUGUUUUAUAUACAACACGUUUCCGCCUGGCAGGAAUGGACGACGACAAACGAGUCCUUCCAAGAUCUCUCUGCCUACGAAGUGCGUCACAUGUUCCUCGCAGAUGUUCUACCCCAAUUGGACACUUAUGAACCGUCGGAGACCGUUAAGCGGCGUUUGAAACUAUUCGAUCUGCUCCCAUCAUUCCGACGCGUUGCUCAAGGCUAUCGGUACACUCCAGAUCCCAAAAUGGCCGCCCGAUUCGCUCUGCAACGAGGAGUGGAUUACAUCCUGACCAGCGAUAUUGAGAAAUGCAAGGACAACAAAAAAAUGUCCCACACCGUCCUUCUAGACGACGAAGGGGCGGAGCCCAAGACUUGUGUUGGAUACCAAAGCAAAUUAAGUGAAGAAGUGGCCGUUUUCUUGACGGUCAUGUUAUCUUCUGAUACGGAGCUUGUCAAUGAAGAAAUGUUAGAUGUGGCUGAGAUCCAUCGCCGUUUGCGAAUUGCCAAGCAGAACUUCGAGGACAAGGCCAUACUUACACCGUUUCGUCCAGAUGCUGAUGAACUAAUAAACAACGUAGGAGCCUUCAGAACGUACAAAAGUAAAUUAUGUCGUGUAAUAAGUAAUUGUAAGAACAUUGGGAAACAUAAGAAGUGAAGUAUAUUUUAGUUCGACAGUUUUAAAAAUCCCUUUGAUUACUUGCGGUUUUAUAUAUGAUUGAGUUUUCCCCGAAACUAUAAAGUAUUGAAAAAUAUUUAAAGGUUUAUAUUAAAUGAAAAACAAAUGUAACUUUCUUAUAAGGUUUUUAAGAAUAAUUUAAGUUAUGUUGAAAUCUCUUUUACUUUAUUUUUGUCACAUACAUUUCGUCAGUUAUGUAACAUUUGAAAAGAGUGGUUUUUCCAUUGAAUGUCCUUUUUCAUUAAUGUUUUAUUCACUUUAUUAAAUUUGCGUACUAAGUCAGAAGUAAGACUUAAUAAUAUGUUUAAGUUUACCUCUAAAAUGUGUUUAUAUUAUGUUAAGGUUUAAUACUUUCAAACUCAUUUUGUUACAUUAUUUACUGUAACGUACAUUUCGUUCAAUUACAAUUCAUUUUCGUCUUAUAUGAUAUGAUCGUCAUUUGAAAAAAGUAACUCAAUUGUGAAUAUUACCCAUUAUUUUUACAAUUAAAAUAUGUUAAGAAAACCUCUUUCAUUAAUAAUUUUUGAUUCACUUUAAGGCUGUUCAAAAAAAUUAAAUCUAUGCGAUUUUUAAUUCCUAAAAAGGAACACAAUUUUAGUUGUCGCUUGCUGAGGGUUUUAUAAUUUCAGUCAAAAAGUUUAAACGGAUGAUAAAUCCUAAAUUUUUAUACCCUUUUUAUUUAUGAAAACGAUUAUAUAUGGUAUGCGUAUAUGUUGAGGAGGUAUAAAGCUAUGAGGCCUGCAGUUCUAAUUGGUAAGGAAACUCCAUGUAUACUUUGGGCAAAUGACUGAGCAGGUUGUGCCAUUAAGAGUCGAGUUCAUUUUUAAUCUUCCAAAAAAAAAGUUAUAACGUAGUUAGUUGCAGCCUGACGUUCCUUUUCGGGAAUUUGUUUAAGGAAAUGACUGACAUUUAAAAUUUAUGUUUCGAUUUCGACUUGGUAAACGGUCGUUUUUAUGGUUAAAAAAAAAUAUCCAUUUUGUAUCGAAAAAAUCAAACGAUUAGAGAAUAAAUGUUUGUUUUAAAUAGGCCUGCCAAGCUUUAGAAAGAUAGGUUCAAUAGUUUUCAAGUUAUUUUGGUCAUCUAAUUCAAAAAUUAAAUUUUGAGAAAAACGCGUUUAAAGUUGUUCAGAUCGUCUUUCAAGGCUCAUAUAUGAAAAUUUAGAGACGUGUUGUUACGUAAUUCAAAAUAUGAAAAGACGUAACAUUUUAAGUUAAUUUCUUCAUUAGCUUGAUUGCAUAUCCGUAAAAGGACCUAAAUGAAACAGCUGGAAUUUUGUUGUGUUUUCAGGGGUUAGGGAUCGCCUCCCAGUACGUUGUUUAAGGUUAAGGUCAAUCGACACUUGCCUAACCCGGUCUUUUCGCCCCCAGGCGAAUGCCAGAUAGGAAGUCAACAGUGUACUCCAGGUCCAGGCCGCCGGGUGUUGUAUUUCAGCUGGUACACAAACAAAAAUGUAAGAUAACAUAUUUUGUGCAGGCCAUCACAAAAUCCAAUUCCAAUAGAUGAGCUCGGAAUUGAAGGGCAGGGUCGCCUUUAAGGUGAGCAAAAAAA